UGGGGUGUCUACAGUGCUGCCACCUACCUUGGGAUAUAAAUGCUCAAUUUCAUCUCUGACCGCCAUUCUGUAAUUAGUGUUGGUGCGGUCAUCACCUAGUGCAGUUUUUGAACGACAUCUUAAAGACAGAAAAAUGGGAAAAGGAGGCUGUGGAGGGUCAAAGGAAAGGGAAGGGAGUCAAGAUUCAGGACGUCAAGGGGACCGCAAUCAAGGGGACCGCAAUCAAGGGGACUUGCGAAGGUGCGAAAUUAGUAAGAAAGACACCGCUCCGAAAAAGGAGUCUUUGACUAGCAGCAGUGGAUCCAGCUCGCAGCGGUCAUCCUCAAGCUCGGAUCCCAGAUCAUCUUCUACUUCUUCAAUGUCAUCUUCAUCCAAAGAAAAAUCAUGACUUGUGGCUCAUUAGCUUAAAUAAAUAUGCUAUGCUGACUCAUUAGUCUAGACUAUAAAUAAA